GCUGGAGCUGUCAUGAAGUAGACAGUGUAGAGAUGGUGUCACAUUUUUAGCCCAGUUCUAUUAUUGUUGUACAGUGUUGUACAUGUUCUUGAAACACGUUUGCACGAAACCAGUUUAAAACAGUAGAAAGGGAUGAGUGUAUUGGAAGUGAGGUUCGUGGGGGAUGGAGAAGUUCUGGAGCACAUAGUCGACAAACAAGACGGUGUAAAAGGCAACAGUGACCAGGUGCAGAAGUUAGUGAUUUUCAAGAACUCAGCAGGUCGGUGGAGUAGUAAAGAGGACGACGAGGAUGAAGAUGAAGAUGGGGUCCUUAAUGAACAGCACUACAUCCAGUGUUUGGGAACAGAUAAUACAGAAGACGGAGAAGAAUGUUUAUCUGGGGUAGCAGGGGCCUCUGUAUUCACCUUCCAGUCUAUCAAACGUUCCCACAAGUUGGCCCAGACAGCAUCUGAGUUGGCUCGAACACCGGGCAAGAAUGUGGCUUUUAAUCUAACGGCUGACUCUGAACUCCCACCGCCUACCCGCGCUAGCCGCAAACAUGUGAGUGAUAGCCGAACCCCUCAAAAGGGUAAGAAGGUGCAGUUUGUCUCCACAACACCUCAUAGACUCAGGAAGAGACUGACAGCCCCCAGCCUCAGGUCAGACAGUGACAGCGAAUUGUCUGCUUCUGACUCUGGAGAGGAGGAGGAUGGUGUAGAGGAAGAAGACAAGGGGAAGACGGAGGAGAAAGAGAAUGUCAAGCAGCCCAGAACUCCUAGUAAGCCCCAGUCUGCUGCUCUUUACAAGACCCCAGCUAAGAAGAGCAAGAGUGCCCCUGAGAUCUUGAACCAGCCCAGUCUAGUUGAGGAGUAUUUCGAGGCUCAUGGCAGCUCCAAGGUCCUGACAUCAGACCGCACUCUUCAGCGCCUCUCCACUCCAAAACUGGACAGGGAGACAUUGUUCCGGGUGUUAAAGGAUAAGCCCUCCUGUUAUUCCUCUGAGAUCCAGCAGCUUCACAACAAACACCAGAAACACUUUAACAAAUGGAUGCUACAGUUACAGUUGGGCUUCAGUGUCUUAGUGUAUGGCCUUGGCAGCAAGAAGCCUCUCCUAGAAGAAUUCCGUCUGUCUCAUCUCUCUCAGGAGAUUCACCUGGUGGUCAAUGGAUUCUUCCCCUCCAUCACCCUCAAAUCAAUCCUGAAUUCUCUGACUGCUGAGGUUCUAGAGCAUGAGGGAACCUUCCGGAACCCCGAUGAUCAGAUCCAGUUCAUCGCCACAUCCCUCAAAGACGACCCUGACCUCCAUGUUUACUUGAUCAUCCAUAACAUUGACGGGCCAAUGCUCCGAGGGGACAAGACCCAGAGUGCACUAGGACAACUGGCUUCUCUUCCCAACAUGCACCUUGUGGCUUCCAUCGACCACAUCAACGCCCCACUAGUGUGGGACCAGUGCAAGCAGAGCCAGUUUAACUGGCUGUGGUGGGAGUGUGUGUCUUUCCAGCGCUACAUUGAGGAAACGUCGUACGAGAACUCUCUCCUUGUACAGCAGACAGGGGCCCUCGCUCUGUCCUCACUCACACAUGUCCUCCGCAGCUUAACUUCCAACGCCAGGGGCAUCUUCAGGUUGCUGGUGGAGUUUCAGAUAGAGAACAAAGACAACCCUGCAUACACAGGUUUGUCGUUCCAGGAUUUCUACCAGCGUUGUCGGGAAGCGUUUUUGGUUAACUCAGACCUGACACUGAGAACCCAGCUCACGGAGUUUAGAGACCACAAACUGAUACGAACACGAAAGCAUGCCGAUGGCGUAGAGUACCUGCUGGUUCCCGUGGAUACGAGCACACUGACUGACUUCCUGGAGAAAGAGGACAUGGAUUAAAAAGAAUUAAGGUGGAUCUUCUUCUGCCGUAGUGUUUUUGUGGAUUUCUCUUGCAUGAAUGCAUCCUCUGAGACAAGUAUAGUCCCUGGGAAAGUCGAUGUAUAUUCACACCAGCAUGUAUCUUUAGUAUAUGUAAGAUUACUGAGAUAUCCACAAUAUCUAGUUUUCAAAUCUAUGGAAAUCUGGAAACAUGAAGUAACAU